GCGCCCCUCCCCUGGCAAUCGCCGCGCGCGGCAGCUCGGAGCCCGCAGCUCGGGCGCGGGGACCAGCAGCCCAGAGGAGGCGGCGGGAGCGCCGAGCCCAGAGCCCCGGGGAGAGGCGGAGGUUCCCCGGCCUGGGCAGUGAGAGGAGGCACGGUGUUUGCGCUUUGGAGUCAGGGCUGCGACGGAGCCCGAACCCCGAUCGCUGCCAGGCAGGCUCCCCGGGGCGCGCGCGGCACAGUCAUGAACACCAACGACGCCAAGGAGUAUCUGGCCCGGAGGGAAAUCCCUCAGCUUUUCGAGAGCCUUUUGAAUGGACUGAUGUGUUCUAAGCCUGAAGACCCAGUGGAGUACUUGGAAAGCUGUUUGCAGAAAGUAAAGGAAAUGGGUGGCUGUGAUAAGGUGAAGUGGGAUACAUUUGUCAGCCAGGAAAAGAAGACCUUACCUCCGCUAAAUGGAGGCCAGUCUCGGAGAUCCUUUCUAAGAAAUGUAAUGCCUGAAAAUUCAAACUUUCCCUAUCGACGGUAUGACCGGCUCCCUCCAAUCCACCAGUUCUCCAUAGAGAGUGACACAGAUCUCUCCGAGACUGCAGAGUUAAUUGAAGAGUACGAGGUUUUUGAUCCUACUAGACCACGACCAAAGAUCAUUCUUGUUAUAGGUGGCCCAGGAAGCGGAAAGGGUACACAAAGUUUAAAAAUUGCAGAACGUUAUGGAUUUCAGUACAUUUCAGUGGGAGAGUUAUUGAGAAAGAAGAUCCACAGUACCAGCAGCAAUAGGAAAUGGAGUCUUAUUGCCAAGAUAAUUACAAAUGGAGAAUUGGCCCCACAGGAAACAACAAUUACAGAGAUAAAACAAAAAUUGAUGCAAAUACCUGAUGAAGAGGGCAUUGUUAUUGAUGGAUUUCCAAGAGAUGUUGCCCAGGCUCUGUCUUUUGAGGACCAAAUUUGUACUCCUGACUUGGUGGUAUUCCUGGCUUGUGCCAAUCAGAGGCUCAAAGAAAGAUUGCUGAAACGUGCAGAACAGCAAGGGCGGCCUGAUGACAAUCUAAAAGCUACCCAAAGGAGACUGAUAAACUUCAAGCAAAACGCUGCUCCAUUGGUUAAAUACUUCCAGGAGAAGGGGCUCAUAAUGACAUUUGACGCUGACCGAAAUGAGGAUGAAGUGUUCUAUGACAUCAGCAUGGCAGUUGACAACAAGUUAUUUCCAAACAAAGAGGCAGCAGCAGGUUCAGCUGACCUUGAUCCUUCCAUGGUAUUGGAUGCUGGAGAGAUCAUUGAUGCAGGAUCUGAUUAUGAAGAUCAGAGUGAUGACCAGUUAAAUUUAUUUGGAGAGGAUGCCAUGGGAGGCUUCAUGGAAGAUUUGAGAAAAAAUAAAAUUAUUUUCAUGAUGGGUGGCCCUGGCUCUGGCAAAGGCACACAGUGUGAGAAGCUGGUGGAAAAAUAUGGCUUUACUCAUCUCUCCACUGGUGAACUCCUGCGUAAAGAACUAGCCUCCGAAUCUGAAAGAAGCAAAUUGAUCAGAGACAUCAUGCAGCGUGGAGACCUGGUACCCUCGGACAUCGUUCUGGAGCUCCUGAAGGAGGCCAUGGUGACCAGCCUCAACAACACACAGGGCUUCCUGAUUGAUGGCUACCCUCGAGAAGUGAAGCAAGGGGAAGAGUUCCACCGCAGGAUUGGAGUCCCACACUUGGUGAUCUGCAUGGACUGCUCGGCAGACACCAUGACCAACCGCCUUCUCCAAAGGAGCCAGAGCAGCCCGUGCCUAGAGGACACCACCAAGACCAUUGCCAAGCGUCUGGAAACCUACUACCGAGCGUCCAUCCCCGUGAUGGCCUACUAUGAAGCAAAAACACAGCUGCGGAAGAUAAAUGCAGAAGGAACACCAGAAGAAGUUUUUCUUCAACUCUGCACAGCUAUUGACUCUAUUUUCUGAAGGCAAAAGUGAACGAAGACAAAAAUGAAUGUCUGCUAAGAUUGGAAAUAUACAUUCAAAAGUUCACCCCUUGAGUUUCAAGUUAAGCCUUUUGUGUCUCCCAUAUCCAGAUGUGAUGGCCAGUCUGUGUGAGUGCUGUCUGGAAAUCAUGCAUGGGGGUUCUUUGAACUGUCCAUUUUCCUUAUACUUUCUAUCACGUAGGUCACACCUCAGAGUGAUGUCAGUAUGUGAACAACAAUGUAAUGUCAACCUGUGUCAGCUGUACCUCCUAGGCCUUGCUGGAGUCUGAUCAUCUGGUUCUAUUCUUACCAGUGUCCCUAAUUACUAUCACAUCUGUCCUCACCCCAAGAUGUGUCUGGUCUUCCCUGAGGCCCUGAGGCCCUGAACAUGGGAACAGGCUUAGGUAUCCUCCUUUGGAGGCAGGCUAUUUCAAUUUGUAUCACUAGAGGCUAGAGCCAAAGAGGCAUGACUAAGGCAAUGGGUCUAUAUAUCAUAUAGACCUAUCUAGCAAGUAACACUUGCUAGAAGUUUUUUUUUUUUGUUUUGAAAUAUACCAUUGUAUAGCUUUUCCAAGAUGGCAAGACCCAUGUGAGCCUUCAAUAACAUUCUCUAGCAAACUGGUUACUUGGAAUAGUGUCACAAUGGCUAAGAGAACAAAUGUCAUCACUUUACACAGUGGUGCAUUAUAAAUUAGUAUCAAUAUCCAAAAAUAAUCUAAAAGCAUGAUCUCUUUCAAUCACUGGACAAAUACCAUCUCAUAAUUUUUAUUUGAGAUGAUGCCCUACUUAUUAAAUGUCAAGCAAAUAAGAAACAGAGCAACAGUAACUAAACUGCUGUGGGUGGCAAGGGCAUGUUAGCAAGCAGGUGUUUUGCAGAGUCCAGCAUUACAUUUGUCUCAUAUGGGCCCCUCCCAGGGGUUUGCAAACUGUGCAUCAAACCAGUGACAUGUGGGUUCUUUUUUGUGCUAUCCCCUGUCAAAUAAGAGCUUCUUCUGUAUCCUACUAAAUAAUAACAUCUUCCAUUCAGCUACUACAAAUUUCUAUAGUUCCUGUUUGCAUGAUUUUCUUUUUCUUCAAUGUUGUGCAACUAUAAGGAUCCAUUUCUGAAACAGAACUGUAUUUUUAAAGUCAUUUUUUUUCCUUGAAACAGAUAUGCACAAAUAAAAUAAAAUAAAAAGACAGGACAACUCUUUUUCUAUUUAUUUGUAACUCACAUCAUUCUGAAAAGCAUCUGAAGCCUUAAUUCCAAACAGAAUUAGAAGCAAGCACAGUACUAGUUGAAACUUAUGAUCCAUUUAUAAAGUUUUAAUUUUGGCCAGACUAUUACAGAGAAUUCUUAAUGUAUUCGUGAUACAUGAUAAUUUUCAUAUUUCCUUUUUCUGUAGCAUUGGUUCUUAAAACAUAAAUGUCAAGUGUUUGCUAGAGAAAUUAAAUUUCUUUGGUUACAAUUAGGCCUCUAUUAACAAAAAGGGUGCAGCAUGUUCCCAUAACUCACACAGUUGUCAGUUAUUUUACUAUCACAACUUGUCACACUCUUCAUAGAGGAGCAUAGGGAGUAUUUGAGCAAAUGGGAAGAAAAGUGAUGAUAAAAAGACGAAAAUGACCAUUUGUGCCAGAAAAUAUAAAAUGACUCUUAUAGGUAGGGAUUAACAUUCUGCCAACACAGACCACAUAGCCCAACUCCACCACAGCUUUAACAGCAAGCGUGAGGAAAUGAGGCAACAGAGAGGCAGUCAGGCCCAGAUAUAACUUAUAGGUGUAGCUGACAGCCACCCUGAAAAACAGCACAGGUAAACAGCUUAACCCCUGAAGAAUCCAUAGGGCUCUUCCAAAGCGCUGCUAAAAGACACACUGAUGAUUUGGAUGGCUUGAAAUGACAGAAAAGGACCUUAGAGAUCUUGGCCUAGCAAAAGGCCAUGUGUGUAUGGGAAAUGUCAGAACACAAACCAAACUUCAUUAUGAUGCCCUACAUUCAAAGUCACACCUGAACUGGCCCCACAUCCUCUCUAACCCCAUCAAUUACUACUCUCUUCUUGCUCAUUUGGUUCCAGUUACAAUGAACAUCUUAGUUGCCUGAGCAAGCAUUUAAUGGCUCAAGGCCACUGGCAUUAGUAUUCUUCUGCCUCUUCCAACACCUGAUCCAGACAGCAAAUUCCUUCACUUCAUUCAGGUUUUUCUAACAUUCUAAUCUACCCUUGUCGUUGAGGCUUUGAUUAUUCCGUCUAAAACGACAGUGUUCCCCAUUCUUCAGUUAUUUUUCUUCAAGUAUUAUUUUUCCUCACAGUAUUUAUCUCUGCCUAAAAUUAAGUAAUUAAAAAUUUUAUUUGUAUAUUGCUUGUCUUCUGCGUUCAUAUAUAAGAUCCAUAAAUCAGGGUUUUGUAUCCUAAGUGCCACCCACCCACAGCAAUUACAACCAAGAACGAACACAUUUAAAUUCUCUGUAUCUCUAGUUUUCCCAUCUGUACAAUAGAGAUCCUAACAGUAAAUCAACCUCAUAGAGGAGUUGUGGGGAUUAAGACAAGUUAAGAGGACAUGUAAAUCAUUUACUAGUUCCUAGAACUCGAAAGGUGCCUCUCUGUCAACAUUUACUGAGAGUGUAACUUCUGCAACUUGGGACUAGGGCCCCAAUUUCCAGCCCAUUGUCUUUGCCAUUUAAAUCACUCUACAAACGUGACAGAGACUGAAGAUACAUGGCCCAAUGGAGGCCUCACCCCGGACUCAAACUUUCCCAUCCACCAGGGUUGAAGAACAUCCUUUAGACAAGUAGGAUGGCUUCUCCCUUUUCUCAGCUCCUGAGCCAAGCCCAUUAAGAGUCACAGAUACUCUUGGAUAUAGGUGCCAACACCUAACUUCCCAGAGGGGAAAAAAAAAGUGUAACUCAUUGGUCAUACAACCACAACUAUUUAUGGACAAUCUAUUAAAAGCCAGGCCCUAGAGCCACAGACAAACAUGGAUGGUCCUCUGUUCUCAUGGAGCUAAAUGUGACACAACUUUCAAAAAGACAUUUAUGCAGCUAUAUAAACUGGAAAAAAAAAAAAACUGAAGUUCUUUUCUGGGAUUAUUUAAUCCCUUCAGUACCUUUUUACCAAGGCAAGAAAUGAAAACCAACACUUUAUUGCCUAAAAAAGGACGAUGUCUCCAUAAUCUUG